AUGGUAGUUAUACGAAAAAAGUGCAGAAAUGCAGAAGAAUUGGACAGAGUGCAAACAGAGCUAGAUAAAGAUCCUUUUAAUGGUGAUUUACGAUCUGAAGAAGGGUUUUAUCUUCAAGCUUUUCUUAAUGCUAGUAAAGAAGAAGAAAAGUUUUUAAAGCAAAGAGCUAAAGUGCAGUGGUUGAAGGAAGGAGACAGUAAUUCUGCUUAUUUCCAUAAAGUUGUUAGGGGUAAGAUAAACAUAAACAUAGUUGAAACCAUUAUGGGUAAUGAUGGGAAUUGGAAAGAAGGUGAUGAAGCUUGUAAGCAGAUUGUGAAAUAUUUCAGUGAUUUUUUGGGAGUUGAUAGUGAUGUUAGUCCCAUUAUUAAUCCUGAAGAUCUUUUUGAAAACAAGUUGAAUCAAGAUCAAGCUUUUGACAUGGUCAAAGAGGUUACUUGUGAGGAAAUUAAAGCUGCAGUUUUUGAUAUUGAUGAUGACAAAGCUCCAGGGCCAGAUGGUUACACGUCGAAGUUCUUUAAGGCUGCUUGGGUGAUAGUGGGAGAUGAUUUCUGUAAAGCAGUUAAAGAAUUUUUUUGUAAGGAAAAGAUUCUUAAGGAGAUCAAUGCUACUGCUAUAGCUCUGGUUCCUAAAGUUCAGACUCCUGGUAAAGUGGGAGACUAUAGACCGAUUGCAUGUUGCAAUGUGGUCUAUAAGUGUAUUAGUAAACUAAUUGUGAAGAGAAUUCGAGAUUUUCUUGGGUUUCUUGUGUCGGACAACCAAUCAGCUUUUAUUCCGGGCCGAUCCAUUCUUGAUAAUGUUCUUUUGUCCCAAGAGUUGGUGCGUGGUUAUCACAUUAAUAGAGGGGCUCAGAAGAUAACCCAUUUAUGCUUUGCGGAUGAUUUGAUGCUUUUCUGUCAUGGAAACACUGGAUCCAUUAGAAUUGUAAAGAAAGCUAUGGAUGAGUUUGCUGGAACUGCAGGUAAACUUCCUAUGAAGUAUUUGGGAAUUCCUUUAAUUUCUACUAGGCUUUUUAUUAGAGAUUGUAAGAGUCUUGUUGAAAGAGUGAAAUUAAAAGUUAAUAAUUGGAAGAAUAAAUCUCUUUCGUAUGCUGGAAGGCUUCAAUUAAUCUGUUGA